UCUGGUCAGUAUAUUAAGGACUUCUACAACCGGACGGUGAUGGGCCGGAAUGGCUCGGGGCUAGACGUGGAAGCGCUGACCCUCAUGUACUCUCUCACCGUGUCCGUCUUUGCCAUCGGGGGGCUCAUCGGAUCCUUGAUGGUGGGCAUCCUGGUCACCAAAUUUGGAAGGAGAGGGACUAUAGUCAACUCCACCAUUCUAGUGUUCAUCGCCGGCUCUCUCAUGGGCUUCAGCCGAAUCUGUGGCUCACCAGAGAUGGUCAUGUUCGGACGACUGGUCACCGGAAUCCAUUCAGGAAUCUCUUUGAGUGUGGUGCCCAUGUAUCUGGGGGAGAUCGCUCCCAAAAACCUGCGGGGCUUCCUGGGCCUCAUGCCCAGUAUCUUCAUCUGUACUGGGGUCUUCACCGCUCAGAUCCUGGGCCUCCACGAACUCCUGGGAAAGGAAGAGCACUGGCCCCUGUUCCUCUCCCUGGUCGUGGUGCCCACUUUUGUCCAGUUAAUGAUGUUGCCAUGGUUUCCAGAGAGUCCUCGUUACCUGCUCAUUGAGAAGCACAAUGUCCAUGCCACCAUUACAGCUCUGAAGUGGUACAGGGCCAAGUGUAACAUCCAGGCGGAGAUCGAGGAGAUGCAGGAGGAGCAGCGCUCCCUGUCCUCGGUGGAGACCGUGUCGGUGUGGGCGCUCCUGUUCGACCGCUCCGUCCGCUGGCAGGUCCUCUCCGUGGUCGUCAUCAACAUCGGCAUGCAGCUGUCCGGCAUCGACGCUAUCUGGUUCUACACCAAUGACAUCUUUAAGAACGCAGACAUCCCAGUGGCAGAGAUCCAGUACACCACGGUGGGCACGGGCGCCAUAGAGAUCGUCGCAGGCCUCAUCGGGUGCUUCACCAUCGAGAGGCUGGGGAGAAGGCCCCUGAUCAUCGGAGGCUUCGCCGUCAUGGGUCUGUGCUGUGGGGGGAUCACAUUGUCUCUCUUCCUGCAGUCAUACCUGUCCAUCAUGAAGUAUGUGAGCGUUGGCUGUGUGGUUGGGAUCAUCGCUGGAUUCUGCAUCGGGCCAGCUGGCGUUCCUUUCCUCAUCACAGCAGAGCUGUUUAAGCAGUCUCAUCGCCCGGCUGCUUACACUGUUGGAGGCUCUCUCAACUGGAUGGCCAACUUCACCAUCGGAUUUAUCUUCCCCUUCCUGCAGAAGUCGGCCGGCUCCUACUGUUACCUGGUGUUCAGCGCCGUGUGUCUGACCGUGGCCACCUACGUGUACUUCGUCAUCCCCGAGACCAAGAACAAGACGUUCGUGGAGAUCAGCCAGAUGUUUGCCACCAAGGAGGGCAUCCUGGAGAGCGACCAGAUGAAGCUGAAGAAGAUGAACGGCUACGGCACGCUGGAGAACGGCUCGCUGGACUUCGACAGCUCCUCGUCCACCCCGUAG